UCUCAGGUGGGGCGCUGGAACUGAAAAAGAAGAGCAAGGGCAAGAAGCCAGGCCUCAACUCCCUCUUUGCAGACGCCCCAGCUGCAUCUGGAGGCGGGGACCCUCACGACAGCCAUUCUCACAGCAGUGGCAGCAGGCCAGCGUACGGGGGAGGGGAGGUGGCGGAGGGGAGGGGGGAGAGGAGGAGGGGACUACGGGAGGGAUGAUGGGCAAGACGACAGGGGCAGUGAUUACGGUAGGGACAAUCGUGGUGGUGGUGGGGGUGGUGGUGGGCGGUAUUAGAGGAGUGAGGGUGGUAGGUACAUCUGGCUGGCGACGAUUCGUAGGGGGAUGAUGAACAGUGCACUGUUGCUGAAAAAUGUGCUGAAAAAAACCCGUGAUGCAUGCCUGUUUGGACCACAUGAGGAUGGAAAGACAAUUCUCUUCAUUUGCCAUGACAAGCAAAAGUGGUUUUCUUGUUCGUGUUCAUAUUUAUGGUAAGAUCUGUAUUCUGGGUAU